GAGAUUAACUUCAGCACCGGUGUUGACUAUUCCCGAUCCUUCUCGGAGUUUCACCAUCUUUAGUGAUGCUUCGAAGCAGGGACUGGGAUGUGUACUCAUGCAGGAUGGCCAAGUCAUUGCAUAUGCUUCACGUCUGCUCAAACCCCACGAACAGAACUAUCCGACACACGACUUGGAGUUAGCCGCCGUUGUUCAUGCUCUCAAGAUCUGGCGACAUUAUCUUUACGGCGGUCGUUGCGAGAUUUUCACAGAUCAUAAGAGCCUGCAGUAUAUUUUCACGCAGAAGGAGCUCAACAUGAGACAGCGCCGUUGGCUCGAGCUCGUCAAGGAUUACGAUUGCUCGAUUCAGUAUCAUCCGGGAAAGGUGAACGUCAUUGCUGACGCCCUGAGCCGAAAGGUAAGGGGUGACUUCACGUACGUCGUUACUCAGCAGAGUCCGUUGAUUCAGGAGUUUGCCCGGAUGCAGAUUCAGGCAGUUGAUGCACUUUUCACAGCCAUUUCGGGGAGUGUCAGUGCUAGUGUCAGUGCCAUGCAGCUUCAGCCGACGCUGAGAGAGAGAAUCCGGCGAGAGCAGGCUUCUAACGAGUUCAUUCGUGUCAUGGAUGCCAAG